AGAAAAAUAAAUAAAAACAAGUGGUUAAAUCACAUUGAAAUAUUUCAAGUUUUUUCUGAAUAUCGUAAUGAAACGUAAUAGAAAUAGAAUAUAAUUGGUAUUCGAUAUGUUAAAUGUUAGAUGACAUGCCAAGGACAUGAAGACCAUCAGGAAUCAAGGUAUUAUUAAAUGGCUUUGAUUAAAACACAUACCCAAACCUGCUUAAACCGGCAAGCCUUAAUUAAUUGUCAUCAAAGUCAUCUAACGGGAGGCCCAGCAAAAGAGCUGUUUCGAUAGGGUCGGACCAAAGGGAAAGGGGGUGUUAGAAGAUUGGGGAUUAGGGGGCAUUCAGAAUAAUGAUAAUCGAAAACUGUUAUAGCACAAGUCAGCCAGUGUAUCUAAUAUUUUUCCCGUGCCGUACCUAGUGUGAAUGCAGAUGUAAGAGUAAAUGUUGGAGCUGUUUGGAAAAUGUGCACAAAAACAAGGACGGACUAAAAGUAUGGAGCAAAACAAAAACAUGGAAAUAAGGUAGAUGUCGCAUAUGGCACGUUCCGUUCCCUGCCGCACUGAUUAAUUGAACAUUUCGCGACACCAAUUCUCAUCUAUACUGGAGCACAGACAAAGGACACGAACAGAUGAUACCCAUUCGUGGCGUUUUGUCUAUCUGCCGAAUGCGCUGGGUGCAGUUGAGUAUUGAGUUUUUCCCGUGUCGGACGCAUUGAAACCGUGAAGCGCAUCAAUCAGCGGCGUUGCAAAAAAAAAUCAGCAAUUACACAAGAGUCCUUCUGGUUGGAUAAAAAAGGCAGCACAUUUAUUAAUAUCGUUUUUUAUACAAUAUAUUGCAUGUUUUGCAAAAUCAAGAGUAUAAAUAAUUUAUAAAACAAGAGAGCAUAGCAAAAAAUCGAUGACUACAGGCUUUUUGCCGUUUGUGGCAAAUAUUUGAAGGGAUUUAAAAGAGCAUUGCACAAUACAAUUACCCACAAGCAGCGCUGGGAAGAGCGAAAUCACAUGAAAUUUCACGUAUUCAAAGAAAAAACUAUGCAAAUUAUUGUAUACUUAUAGGAAAAUAUUCAAGCAAACAAAGAAAUUGAUGCCAAUUUGACACUGUAUCAGCAAAUUAAUUUCAUAACGUGCCGUGCGUGGAGUGCGGCAGAAGGGAAAAUAUCGAUUUGUAACAUAAAACACAUUCGUUGGCAGAUAGCAGAACAAAGAACUAGGCAUCUAUACGGCUAGAAAGGAUCGGGAACAUCAGCGAACCCUUUACGAGUUGUCACGAAUGGACCCAGCUGAACGGUGAAGUGAACUGGAACGACAAACAGUCGGAAAAAGCAAAUACAGUGAACUUUAACUAUUUAUUUAAAAAAGGCGAUAAACACAGCUGUUGAAACAGUGGAGAGUUGCGUACUCAGUGCUUCCGGUAAAGCGUUGACCAGGCACGAGAAACACCGUUACUUAAAGCGAAAAAACGACAUUUAAGUAGAAAGAGUGCGGAAAUAGCAAAGUAAACGUUAGAGUGCAACUGAGAGAGUGAUAAUACAGAGAGAUAGAGAGAAAGAGCACAACUACUAAGGCAACAUUGCAUUGGAGCGCAUCCUCAAUCGAGCGCAGAAAAUACAGAUUUUUGUACCGUUAAUUAGUGCAACAACUAUCCUACAACUUACUAGUGCACUUUGUGUGUACGCCGCUGUGAUAGUAUACGCUCACCUUGACUCAAAUUCAACUAACGUGUUACUGUUCGUCGAUUCCAAACAUACAUAAAUUCUAUGCCAAAACCAGCAAAAUGUUGCCAUAAAUCAAACGCACAACGGUUAACUUGGCCAAGCGCAAGUUGAAUUUCCUCGACGAUAUUCUUCAAUUUUUUUUAAUCCUUACAAAUUUACAUGCAAUCAACUGCGAAACAAGAAAAAUAAAUAACCACGUUCUAUAAAAGUAAUUAAAUUAGCGUGAAAAUUUUGUGCCAAAGGCUGUGCCUAAAACACCGCACAUCAGCAAUUGCAAUAGCAGCUGUAGCAACAACUACAACACUAGCAGCACAUUUUCGCCGUUGCCGUUGUUGUUGUCGGUGUCGGUGUCGGCAUCGUACGCUGCUUGGUGCCGUCGCUCGCUUCGUAAGUCAAAGUAAAAAUUCCGCCGACGUUGGUACUGUCGCCACUAUUCGCUUGCAUCAAAAAAAGCCGAUUUAAACCAAUGCAUUUAGGUUUCAAACGUGCAAAACGCCAAAACCAAAAACGUUUUUCGAUUAGUAAAAAAUGUCUUUGCCCCGAGAAUGGAAUUUUCCGAAUUCACGGGGACCGUUAUACGGCACGAGUGAAUCGUACCCAACUGGUGGAGUCCAGCACCAGUCGGGAGGGCUCAUUCGCACAUCGACGGACAGCGAUGGAAAUUGUGGCGUUUACAUUACCGAUCGGCAUAAUCAUCACGCCGCCACCGAUAUACCACCAUCGCCGCCUCCAUCACUUGUCGGCACAUCGUGUGAACUGCCGACAACGGUUGCUUGUUCUCAACCUGCCCCACCAUCAUUGCUCACCGAGUGUCAACAGUCGACGGGUUCGCUCUUCUCAGUCGUGUCGGCGCCACCAGUACAGCUCGCUGAACUUGACGUCAAGCAAGCGGAUGCGUUCAAUAGCGGUGGCUUCGCAAAAGUCAUGGGCAUUGCCGGAGGUGUUGGACUGCAAGCAGGCGUCGGUAUGGGUUUAUCAACGAUGGGUGGGAGUGCGCAAAAUGCCUAUUCGACCACAUCAAUGGAUGCAACAGCUACCGCGACAGCUAUGGCUGCAGGCACCGCGAUCAAUUGCGCAAUGGACGGUACGGCCACGAUCGCUGGCACCACCACACAUGGCAUACAACGUCGUCCGGCAACGUUGCCCAUUAAUACGCCAUACUGUCCGGCACCGGUCAGUCGCACUUUGCACUCCAGCCUCUUGGAACAUCAAAUUACCGAAAUUGAGGAAGAGGAUAAUGAAAAUCUGUUGACUGUCUCCAGUAUUACAGCGCGUCCAUUAAUCGCCAAAUCGCGUGAGAUACGUUCGAAUCGACAGCUACAGCUGAUCGAACAAUCCGCGAAACGUGGAGCUAAACAAACGCGACGCGCUAAUGUGUCCGCACACGCCGCCGACGGCCGGUCAGCCGAUACGGAUCAGUGUGUAGUGGGCAAGCGUACAACCUCUGCUUCAUCACGUUCCUCAGUUAAUGCUGAUCCACCGGACGGUGGUUAUGGCUGGUUGAUUGUUUUUGGCGCAUUUUCAGUGCAAUUUUGGGUUGCCGGCUUGGUGAAGUCCUAUGGCGUAUUGUAUGUGGAAAUUAUGGAAACCUUUCCGAGUUCAACUGCAACCGUUGCCUCUUGGAUACCCGCCAUACUAUCAGCGCUCUGCUUAGUUUUAGCGCCCGUCUCCAGUGCGUUAUGUCAGCGGUUUUCUUGCCGUUCGGUGGUGUUCGUUGGUGGCAUAUUUUGUGCGUUAGGUCUUACGCUGAGCUACUUUGCAACUAGUCUGCUACAUUUACUCAUCACCUUUGGAGUGUUGACAGGCAUCGGUGGCGGCCUCUCUACAACACCCGGCAUCGUUAUUGUGUCGCAAUAUUUCGACAAACAUCGUGCGCUAGCCAAUGGCAUCUGUGUUUCGGGUACCGCUGCUGGCAGUUUUAUAUUGCCAGUGCUUAUAAAACAUCUGGCGGAAAAGUUCGGCUUUCACGGCACUAUUUUAAUUUUGGGCGGUUGCAUGUUUCAUGUUUGCAUCUCAGCCACACUUUAUAGACCCAUAGAGGAUUACAAUAGUGAAAGCGGCAAGUUAAACGAAGAGGAGGAAGAAUCGGCGAAACCGCUGAAUGACAUCAACCCCAGUACAACGGGUAUGCUUACUGGCUCUACAUACUUGGACACAUGCGGUUCUACGCUCAAUAAUAAGUUCAUAGAGCAUCUGUUCCUUGAGGAAUCGAAAAAUCGUCUCAAUGAUCUAUACUCUGGCAAGCAAAGUGCAAACGAAAAGCAAGCCGCUGCCGGCCAAGAAAGUGAUGAUGAGGUAAAGGAUGUUAUUGGUGAAACUACAUUUAUCAAGCCAAUGAAGAAGGUGCGCAGUUCGGGUAUUAUGCAUUCCGUUGAGGAUCUCAGCACCGACUCCACUUGGGUGUAUCGCAAGAAUUCCGGCACGGAUUCAAACCGUGGUAGCCGACGACGUCGUAACGUCUUCGCGAAUGACGAAAUCAUCUCGAAAAUACAAGCACAUCUGGAGAAACCACUUUCGCCACCCGCCGUGGUGACACGUGGCCUCAGCAAAAGCAUGGAAAUACCCACACCAGUUAGUAAUUUUACCGAUUUGAACAAACGUGGCGAGCUGCAUGAUCUCAGUGGUGCCAUAGUAGCGCAACCACCCAUAGACGCUGGUGCCAGUGAUGGUGAAGAUGAUGAUGAUGACGAUGUCCCACGCACCUGUUGUGAGCGCAUCGAAAUGUACUUGGAUAUUAGUUUAUUGAAAGAUACUACAUUCAUAUUGAUGUGUUUGUCGGUGACAUUAAUGUCGGUUGGUUGUCCUUAUAUGCUUUACUAUCUUCCGGCACAUGUCAUUUCAAUUGGCAACAACAAAAGUCAAGCUGGUUAUCUAGUGGCCGUGAGCGCUGUGUUGGAUUUAUGCGGGCGUUUAGGACUUGGCUGGUUGUCCGAUUUGCAGCUUUUUGAUCGCAAAAAGACCUAUAUAUUUUGUAUACUAGGCGCUGGCAUAGCCGUACUCACAAUACCGUCAGAGGACACGCUUUAUUUAAUUGGACUCUCCGCUGCCGUUUAUGGUUUCUGCUUGGGCAGCUGGUAUGUUUUGAUGCCGGUGCUGUUGGCCGAUAUCUUCGGCACAGAUCGUAUUAGUUCCAGCUAUGGUUUGGUGCGUAUGUUUCAAAGUAUUGGCGCAAUUUCGGUGCCACCGUUAGCGGGUUUUCUACGUGAUCUUUCUGGUAGCUACGAGAUCUGCUUCUAUUGUAUGGGCGCUUGCAUGGUGUUGGGCAGCAUACCGUUACUAGUUUCGGCAUUGCUUGAGAGUCGCGAACGAGAUCCGUUCGAACAACCCGAUGAAAGUGAUGAGAAUUCCACAGUAUCUUAAGCGGUUUUGGAAGAAAUAUCUCUUGAUUGCAAUCCCUUAAUGACAUUGUGGUUUAAAUAGCACAUAACGUUUACGAUAGAUUGGUAUCCCUGUGCUAAUACUAUCCACUAGUAGUUAUUGUACACUGUGUUGAUGUUGUUGAUUUAGUAUUCCAAUGUGUUUUGAAAUUCCUGUUCGAAUAUAUAGUACACAAUUUACUCAGUAAAGUAGUAACACAAUCCAUAGUAAUUACAUAUUUACACACAUACAUAAAGGUAUGUAUUCCAAUAUACACUAAGUUGCUGUACUAGUACUAGUAGAACGUAGAUUUCUGAAACAUUGCCAAUCAAAGUUUUCUGACAAAGAUCAUUUGCAUAUUAUAGUAGUCUUUAGGAAACGCGUUCCUGACUCAACUGAAGUAAAACGAAUUUAUUUUGAAAAAAUAAAGUUUAAGGCAGUACACACACAAUUAUCACUGUUCAUACUAUUAAACUGUUAAAGUUCAAUAACUGCUUUAAACUUAGUUUUUAGUGGCUAUGUUCUUCUGUAUGCGAGCGGCAAACGUAUACACGCUACCUAACAAACCUUGCAAUCCGCUUACAAAAAUCCGCUAUCUAUAUAAGUUGAAAUAAAAACGGUCUAACCGUCGAUUAUCUGAAAUUUCAUUAAAUUCUGCGGAAACGUUUAUUUAAUCAUAUAAAGUUUUGAUAGAAUGUACUCGUAUGAGGAAAUUUUAAGAGAAAAUUUUGAUAUCUCCCUUUCACAUACUAUAUUUUUUUAUUAUAUACAGUUUCGAGCAAAGUAAUAGCAGUUCAUUGAAGAACAUUUUAUCUAACAAUUUAGUUUUGAUAUUUUUGAUUUUUAUAUAUAUUUCAUUUGUACUUACUUUUAUGAACUACAAGAAUGAAUAUUAAGUUUCGUAUUGUUUUUGACCCUAUUGACAUCAUGAACCAAACGAGAGAAAAUAGGUUUUCUUUUUACUAUAUCUAUCAACCCUAUUGCGUAUCUGUAAUAGACCGAAUAUAGUCGACAGAUAACUGUAGACCAAAGAAUACAUUACGAGUUAGUAUCUGAGAAUAUGACAGACGACUGAAUCGCUAGUGAUCAUUUUAUAUUAUAUAUUUUAGUAUAAAGAAAUGUCAAAUUCAGACAACUGCUUCAGACCAGUUGCCAACAGUAUUUUACGACUUUGAAGUUUGGCACGAAGAGUUUUAUACUUGAAUGCAUAUUAAUUAAGUAAUAUAUGAUUUUUAAAUACAUAGUUAAGUUGAAAAUGUUUAAAUAUAAUUCUUGGUACAACAUUUACCCAAAGUAUAUGUUGUAGAAUGUGUAUGAAUGAAUCUAGCGUGUGGUUUUACGCUUUCCAGCUUCACAAUUUUGACAACGAACAGGGUGCAUAGGUUCAAAGUCGUUAGAAAUAUCAGGCAAGUGGUUCGCAGUAGUACCGGAAACAAGAGAACUACCGAGUGCCGUUUCAAUAGGAUUUUCAGAGCGCUGUUCAAUUGCUGGCAUGAAAAGCUGUUUUGCAAGGCAUCGCAGGAACUUUCGUCGUUUGUCUGUUUGUUGGAUAUGGUCGUUGUUUUCGGAGUAUUUAAUGAAUCCGGCUAGAGCGCUUAUAUAUAGCCAUUGCAUCAACGCCUCCUUUGGUAGCGUUGUAGUCAAGGAUAUACUGUGGCUUGUUUUUCUUCUCAGGUACAAUAGCAUUUGUCAAGAGCGUACUGGAUAGAUAGAUAGUAUAACAGCUCUUCCCUUUUUUUUUGAUUCGAGAAAGUCAAAAAUUGUUGACAGUUCUGCUCGUUUGCGGUCUGAUUUCAUUUCAUUUGGCACAAAUGUUUUGUUUUGACGAACAGUACCAAGAAGAGAGAGUCCUUUCGACAUCAAAUGCCUAGCCAGAUUCAAUGAAGUAAAAAAGUUAUCACCGAUUAUGGUUCUUCCGGUGUUUUGCCAAGGGUAAACCAGUCUUUGCACGACAUUCUCUCCAAGCAAUACGCCUUCUAUUUGCUCAUCGAAUCGAAUAUCGUCUUCUUCCAGUAUCAUUUCGUUUUCAACAUCAGAUUCUUCGGGAUUUAUACCAGGUGGUACGUAAUCAUCAGUAGAAUCAUCAAAAUCUAGGCCCUCUUCUGCUUCUUCAUCAACCUCACUCAAUGGAUUCUCAAUAUGGUUUUGAAGCUCUUCGUACCCUAGCCUGUGUUUACAAUUUUCUUUUAUAUCAUCCAUAUCAUGGAAAAAAAUACUCUUACCGUUUAACGAGUCGGUUUGAGGCAUGCCCAGACAUAUUUAUUGUUGUUUUUCCAAAAAAUUACGAGUUGAGUGAAAGAGUGAUGUGAAUUUUCAUACAUUUUAUAUGUUGUCUACAUUUGUAAACUAACCGCCAGGAGAUGAUCAUUUUGAAAAAUAGGGUCUGGGGGGUGCUGUAAACUAUUUUUUUUACGUGUUAGUGACCAAAGCUGCUUAGUCUUGAUUUUUAGGAAGCUACUGAACAUUUCGGACCAUGUUGUUAUGAAAAAAAAUUUUUAUUCAACUUUUUCUGCAAAAAUGCUACAAAUGUAGACUACCGAGCACAUAAAGUUUAAAAAAUACGAUCUCAUAGAGUAUUUAAUGAACAUCGUUCGUUUUGGAUAUCAUUCGUAAUAAUUGUCAAUAGAUUAAUUCACGAGUUCUUUCACAAAUCUGUGCAAUAUUUCGUCAUAGCUUUCCAAAAAUGUAAAUACAGAAUUGUCAUCUGUGUAUUUUUGUAUACUGAGUAAAGUAGCCUAACGUAAUGUGAAAUCCUGUUGCAGCAGCCGGUCAAUUAUAUUGUCGACUAUACUACCGCGGCCUUACAAAAUUGAGAUGUCAUAAAGUUUAAUAAGUGGUUUCCUUUAUGACUUUAUGAGGAUUGUAAUAUUUUCUGCAUCAUUUCAAUAUAUUUAAAUCAAAUAGCUCUAGUAAAUACAACAGACCUCCACAUAAAUAAAUAUGACUUUAAGCUCAGUAGCUCAUAUAUUAUGGUUGGAGCUUAAGCUUUUCCAUGCGGAGCUAUUCCGAAUAAGGAAUGACACUCAAAUGAAUAAUACAAGAAGAAAACUAGUUGAAAACUAGUUCCAAAUUUUGGCCGAUGCCGAUUAAUCGGCCAGUUGGCAAAACUGAAGGUAACAAUUGCUCAGAGACGGUCAGUUUGGUACUAUAGGAGAAGACCUGUGUACCAUCAGGACAAUGACAGGCCUCACAUAUUGAUAGUGACUUGAUAGAAACUUCGGAAGCUUGUUUGGGAUCUUCCUUUGCAUGCACCUUAUAGUAAAGACCAGCAUCAAGUGAUUAUUACCAGUACCUGUCUUUGGCAAAUAAUGUUAAUUGUAAAAAUCAACGACUGUUUCAGUGUUUGUCAAUAGCAACAAGGGCUUCUAUAAGAGUUGUUUUUAAGACAUUAUUUUUAUUAUUUGACCGAUACUGACCGAUGCCGAUUCUAAGGCCAGACUCUAUUAAAAUGUCAUAGUAAUUGGGAGAAGCAUGGUAGAAUACGCAAUCCCAUUGAUAACUUGUCCUCUUAUUACUAAAAAACGGUUCGUGAGGCAAGAAGAAACAGCAAGUAAUUAAAUGUUAUCAAAAAUUAGAUUAAUAAUUCAAAGCAAUGAUUUUUGUACUCCUACUAACGUUUACUGAUUAAAAUUUAAAUUAAAUAUUUACGUUCAAAUUGAAUUUAAUUGGAAACGAGCACUGCUAUUAUUUUGUUUAAUUUUUAUGUAAUCCAGCAAAUUAAUUCUUAAAGAAAAAUAUUUAAAAUUAAUUAAAAAUAUUUUACUUAAACUGUUGUAAUAUGUACUGUGUCAGCUGCUAUAAAAAAUCACGCAGCUGUAUAAACUUAUUCAUUAUCGUAACUCUGGGUUAUGAUUCACGAUGAAUAAUUUGCACUCUGUUUUGAUAAAUACUUUGCUAUUUUUUACCAUAAGCGCACUAGUUCCAAACUAGUUCACUUUUAUGCGUUAAUAGAGCAUUCAAACUUUACAUUAAAUAAAUUUAAAUAAUUAUUUAUUUUUCAAAAACAUAAUGUUUAGUUGAUUACAUAAUUUUUAAGAAAUAUAUAAUAUUUAUUUAUACAUAAAGUACAUAAAUAUAUUUAAUUUCAAUAAUUGUAGAUUGUUUUUAAUGCAUAAACAAUAAACAAAUGCAUGUAAAGAGUAAACUGAAUGCAAAUCGAGUUUUCAAAACUCCGCAUAAAAAAUAGUCAAACACCAUUGUUGUAUUUGUAUUUAGAAUUAGACCAUAUUGUGUAAUUGUUAUCAUCGCUCUUGGCAAAAUAUUUGUACCCACUAAACACUAAAUGCUUUUGAAGCAAAAAUGUUGUAAAACUAACUGAAUUGAGGCAUUAAAUGUAAUUUAAAAUAAUUAAUAACUCAAAAACAAUUUAUUUGCAACUCAAAUUUGGAAAAAAAAAUCUUUUAAACAUUUUUCUCAUUCACUAAAAUUUAUAAAAACAACUUUUAUACAGACUUGAACGCAACACUGAAAAAAAAAAUAUCGAAAGUCUACACUUACAACAUCAAUAUUCGACCAUUUAGCUCAAGUAAACUAUGAGUUUUUGUUGAAAAAUAAUCUUAACUUAAAACACAGAAAUUAGUUAUGUUACAGACGCUUCCUGGGUUAUUAGAAAGUCAUACCGGGUAGGUAGGUAGUAGUGCUGCCCUGUUAUAGUUCGGGCUCAAUUAGCACUAUCUGUGCCAUUUUGAUGCACUAGUCGUUGACCUUUUUUAUUUGCUAUCAAGUUUAACCUACUCGUUCAAACCAUUUUGUGGUUUCGAUGAAGCUGCUAAUAUCUGUUAUGCUUUUUGUAGACAUCCAUUCGAGGUUUGAUGCUUGAUGGAUUCCCAGUGUUCUGUGUCGGAUCUGCAAUAGGACUGGGCAAUCACAGCGGAAGUGGAAAAUUGUUUGCUUAUUCCCUGUUAGUUCGCAACUUCGGCAUAUGUUAUUGUAGGGCAUACCCAUUUUCGACGCAUGUUCUCCAAAUGGCCAAUGCCCUGUUAUGGUAGCAGUUAGUCUGAAGAUACUGUUCCUUGACUUAUUUAAUAAGUCGUUAGUUCUCUUCAUGCCGUAUUUUGGCCAUAUCUGUUUGGUUAUUUUGCAUUUAGUUGUAUUUUUCCAUCUGUUGUUUGCUAAUUGUUGAAAUUGUAAAUUAAGCUCUCUUCUGAUCGAGCCUAGUGGGCUUGGUAUUAAUUCUGCCUCCGAUUUGUUCAGAUAAGCUCCUGUCUUAGGCAGCUCGUCUGCUUUUUCGUUGCCGAAAAUGUUCCUGUGGCCGGGAACCCAGAUCAAGUUUAGGAUGAGUUGAACCCUAGGGUAACUUUCCAACUUGCGCUUCUGUGACAUGGAGGCGGAAACUCCUAUACAUCUGUUAUUAGGGGCAGGUGCAGAAGUUGUAUUUUGUCGUCAGAGAGCUGGGACUUCUGGUAACCACUUUCAGCUUUUUAUAUUAGUAUCGAGUUCAGAAUUACAAAAGGAACGUAUCAACUUUUUUAAUACUAAUCUGUAGACCUGCUUCGAUCGCAAAUGUAUUCCCGUUCUUAAUCUUAUUAUCUUCCGCAGACACUGAUUAAUAUAAAUGUGUAAAUAGUACUCGAAGCGUAUCAUAAGCCUCCAAAGUACCAAUAUUGGAUGUGUAAUGUUGAUAAAAGUUUCUGUAAUUUACCAUUACGACACACGACUAGAGUUCCACCUUCGUUUCGCGCAAACUUCGAUACAUUUUUUUAAUAGUGGCCGACUCAUGGCAUGGUUUUUGUUACAGAAACAAAGCUUCUCAUAGAAUUUAUUCAAUAAUAAUCUAGAAACUUACUAAAAUGAAUCGGUUUACACUUAGGUUUACACUUACAUGCAGGUCUUAAUUUUAAUCCGACCAUCAUUUGUCCAAGAUGGCUUUGACAUCGUCCAAUUUUGAGAUGUCAUCAAAAAACUAAAACUAAUGACCAUCGUGAUUCCUUGUCUCCAAAUAAAAAACAUUGGACUCAAAUGUUGAGAGCUCAUUUCUGCAUAUUUCUGCAACUCACUACUAUGGCUCUUUCCCUUUCUUUUGACUCUAGCAUUUAAAAUGUCUCGCAAUCUCUGGCAAAUAGUUUGCACACUUGAUCUACUUUUAGUUCUUUCCCCAAUUUCCAAUUUGUAAAUAAACAAGUAAGAAAGGUCCAACUUCGGGUGUCACCGAACAUUUUAUACUCUCGCAAUUUAUUUAUUUAAUUUUAUUAAUAUAAUAAACAAUUUGACUCACAUAUUCGGCAUAUAUAUGGUAUAAAGUCCAUUGAAAGUUUGAAUACCCUAAUAUUAGUUAUAUGGGACAUAAGGAAGUUAUGUCCCGAUUUCACUAAUUGUUGUCACGGAGACAUAUAAUUAAAAGAAACAUAUUCCCUUAAAAUUUCUUCAACAUAUCUGGGAGUCUUAACUAUAAUUUCGGUAAAUAAUUAGUUAGAAGUACUGAGGUCCUUACUUUCGGUAUAUAGGGUAUUGAAAACUUAUGAACCAAUUUCGACGAUUUUUAGAAGGGCGAUGCCACUCUUUAAAUACAGUAUUUUUUUAAAGUUCUGUGCCGAUAUCUUCACUAGCACUAUCUUUAUAUAUUAUAAAGUAAACUAUUCAGACCGACUUCAGAGUUCUGGUAUAUGGGAAGUAGGCGUGGUUGUGAACCGAUUUGGACAAUUUUCACAACAUAUCAUUUGGAAGCUUGGAAGAUUUAUGAACCGAAUUUCAUUGAAAUUGGUCGAGUAGUUUCGGAGAUAUGGUUUUUGACCCAUAAGUGACCUUUAUAUGGGAUGUGGGCGUGGUUAUAAUCCGAUUUUCUCCAUUUUUUGACUGUAUAAGUGCGAUCAUUCAUACCAAAUUUUACCUCAAUAGCUUAAUUUAUGGCUGAGUUAUAGCUUUUUAUACUCUCGCAACAAAUGUUGCUGAAGAGAGUAUUAUAGUUUUGUUCGCAUAACGGUUGUUUGUAACACCCAAAACUAAACGAGUUAGAUAUAGGGUUAUAUAUACCAAAGUGAUCAGGGUGAAGAGUGGAGUUCAAUUCCGAAUGUCUGUCUGUCCGUCCGUCCGUCCGUCUGUGCAAGCUGUAACUUGAGUAAAAAUUAAGAUAUCUUGAUGAAACUUGGCACACAUAUUUCUUGGCACCAUAGGAAGGUUGCUUUCGAUUUCGGUUAUUGCCAUUUUGUAGGCGUUGCAGUGGUCCGAUUACGCCCAUCUUCGAACUUUACCUUCUUAUGGUGAUAAGAAAUACGUUCCAAGUUUUAUCAAGAUAUGUCAGUUUUUAUUCAAGUUAAAGCUUGCACGGACGGACAGACAGACAUCCGGAUUUGAACUUUACUCGUCACCCUGAUCAUUUUGAUAUAUAUAACCCUAUAUCUAACUCGUUAGCACUCUUCGUAGCAACUUUGUUGCGAGAGUAUAAAAAUGUCUGAAGGAGAAUAAAUCUGCAAACAAAAUUUUUUAUAGUUGGAGUCCAAAGAAAAGUACAAUCCAUAUUAAUAUUAUAAAUGCGAAAGUAACUCUGUCUGUCUGUUACUCUUUCACGCCUAAACAGCUGAAGGGAUUUUGAUGAAAUUUGGUACGGUGAUAGAUGAUAACCUAGAAAUGGUCAUAGGCUAUAAAUAAUCACGCCAUCGUUCUUAGGGGGUAGGCAGUAGGCAGAUAAUUGAAUUGAGUUAGUGAUUUUCAGUCGUUUUUCUUGGGACUUUUGCUCUUUCAUGUCGGCUGAACGGAUUUUGAUGAAAGUUUGUAAGGUAAUAGAUGGUUACCUGAAAAUGAAUAUAACAUCAAAAUUAUUACGUCAUCGUACUUAGGGGUUAGGAAGUAGGCAGAAAACUGAAUUGAGUAAGUGAUUUUUUAUGGUUUUUGCUGGGAGUUUUGCUCUAUUAUGUUCCGGACGAAGUCGCGGGUAAAAGCUAGUAUUUAUAUAUUUUUUAUGAAUAAAAAUGGAUUUCAACGUUGGUGCUAUUUUUAUAAGAGGCACUGUACUUCAUCAAUAACUUCCGAAAUUUAUUUAUUUAAUUCAUAAUUUUUGUAACUGCAUUCAAAUAUGUAUAUACGUACAUAUAUUAUAUUUAUGUACAUAUAUACGAGUAUAUGUACAUAUACUGAAUGUUUGAAUGCGAAUAUUGAUGCAAUUUAAAUAU